AUGAGCCUGGUGGCCUGCGAGUGCCCUCCUGGCCCAGGCCUGGAGCCUGAGCCUUGCUCCCGCGCACGGUCCCAGGCCCGUGUGUACCUGGAGCAGAUUCGCAGCCUGGUGGCUCCUGGGGCCCCGGACGUGACCAAACGUGACUACCUGGUAGAUGCAGCCACGCAGAUCCGGCUGGCCCUGGAGCGUGAUGUCAGCGAGGACUAUGAGGCCGCCUUCAACCACUACCAGAACGGCGUGGACGUCCUGCUGCGAGGCGUGCACGUCGACCCCAACAAGGAGCGACGCGAGGCUGUGAAGCUGAAAAUUACCAAGUAUCUGCGGCGGGCCGAGGAGAUCUUCAACUGCCACCUGCAGAGGACUCUGGGAGGAGGAGCAAGCCCUGGCACGGUGCAGCUGGUCCAGGACCCAGUGACUGGAGGGACCUUCGUGGUAAAGAGCCUGUCCAGGUGUCCCGUGGCGAACCGGGAGCGGCUGACCAUCAUCCCGCACGGUGUGCCCUACAUGACUAAGCUGCUUCGGUACUUUGUGAGCGAGGAUUCCAUCUUCCUGCACCUGGAGCAUGUGCAAGGUGAGGGGGCCUGGUCCCACUUGCUCUCCAAGGAGCACCCCCAACAGUCUGGGCUCAAGUCUGGCUCCGCCCCAGAGGGUGAUGAAGGCUUCAGCCAACUCAGCCUCAGCCCAGGACCCUGUGCGCACUGCUCCCUGGGACUACUGCAGGACAGAAUCUCAGUUGGAGCCUCCCAAGGACUUCUCACUUCCCUGCCACAGGCCCCAGCUAUCAUCCAGAGAGAGGCUGCAGGCAGCUCCCUUCAGCCAGGACCCAAACUUUCUGUCCCCGGACCUCUGAGGGCCCUGCGCAGGCCGCUUGCACCUCUGCCAGACGGGGACCUGGCCAGAAAGCUCGAUGCUAGGGUCUCGGCCUGGGUUCACUGGGGAGCUGUCCGGGUGCUGGGGCCUUGCAGCUUCCAGGCAAAAGUCCCAGCCACCCUUAGCAGACGGGCCCACCCCAUUCAGCAGGGCGCCUGGCACGUGAACGGCGAGCAGUGGUCGAGCAGAGCCCCACUGCUGCAGGGAGGCUUUGGACAUCUCACAGUGCGCCAGGCAAGAAGGAGAGGGUCAAAUUUAGAUCCGGAACAAAGGAAGAGCAAGUGGCUUGAGGAUGAGGGGCGGGCCAAACUGGUAGGAAACAGCGGGGACCGCCUUCAGGGGAUUUCUGACACGGAAGCCUGUGACUGGUGGAGCUUUGGGUCUCAUGAACUGCUGACUUCCCAGGCACUGUCACAGAGCCACCCCUCGGGAAUCCAGCCCCAUACCCAGCUCCAGCUGCCUGAGUGGCUCAGUCGCCCAGCGGCCUCUUUGCUGACUGAGCUGCUGCAGUUUGAUCCUGCACAGCGCCUGGGCGCUGGAGGAGGUGGCGUCAACAGGCUCAAGGCCCACCCCUUCUUCAGUACUACCCAGUGGAGCAAACUGGUGGGGUAA